UUCAAAUAAUUAUCAAAAAGUCUUUUUUAUUUUCCCAUUUCAAAAAUCCAACCCUUAAAGUCAACGCCUCUCCCUCUUCUUCUUCUUCUUCUUCUUCUUCUCAGCUUCAUCUCUCUCUCUCUCUCUCUACCAAUCGGCCAUGAGAGCUAAACCAAAAGUUAAAGCUCGAUAAUCUUUCACUUCAAUUUUUAAUUUUUUGAUUUGGGUUCGAUCAGAUUAUGGGGAACGGCUUCGGGAAAGUGAGCGGGUGCUUCACCGGCGUCAAGGAAGGCCACCGUCACGGCAGACACGACGAGUCAGUUUUAGAAUCGAACCAAUACGACGAGGGACUCGGCCACUCCUUCUGCUAUGUCCGACCCGACCCAGCUUGGCUCGCAUCCUCCAAAGUCCACUCCGAAGAAGCAACCACCUUCAGAACCAUCUCCGGCGCUUCCGUCAGCGCCAAUACCUCCACCCCUCUAUCCACCUCCCUAAUCGAUCUCUACUCCUAUAACAGCAUCGAUCGUGCCGCCGCUUUCGAGAGCUCCACCUCUUUCGCUUCGAUUCCACUGCAGCCCAUCCCGAGAAAUCUGAUCAACUCGGGUCCGAUUUCGGGCGCUGGAAUUCCCGGGUCGGGUCCUCUGGAAAGAGGGUUCCUUUCUGGUCCGAUCGAGCGCGGGUUCAUGUCCGGUCCACUCGAUCGGGGCAUCUUCUCGGGUCCUAUGGAAAAGGGUUACUCCGAGCAGUUGCCUCGGAGCUUCUCGAUCGGCGGUCUCGGGUUUAAAUCGAGAUCCGGGAAGGGCAAGCUUAUUCAGGUUUUACGGCGAGCGAUAUCGAAGACGAUGUAUCGGGGUCAGAACGCCAUCGCUAUGCCGAUAAAGAGCCGCGUCGUUUCGGUCAAGGAGGAUUGGGUUGUCGGCGGCGGACAGGAGAAGAUUAAUCACAACGAGAAUUUGACCGUUAGCAGCGUGAAUUUCAGUAGUGAGGGGAGUUUGGAAGACGACGAGUCGUUGGCGAGUCAAAAUCUUCAGUGGGCGCAGGGAAAGGCAGGUGAAGAUCGGGUGCACGUAGUCGUUUCGGAGGAGGACGGGUGGGUUUUCGUCGGGAUUUACGACGGAUUCAACGGCCCGGAUGCGCCGGAUUACUUGAUGUCUAACUUGUACACGGCUGUGAACAAGGAGCUUAAAGGGUUGUUGUGGGAUGAGAAGGCGGAAUCGGGUGCCAUUGCCGCCCCUGCAACCUCCCCUGUUCGCUCCGAAGAUUCGAAUUCGGAGAGUGAUGGUGAUUUGGGAAGGAAUCCGGGGGUGGAUGAGCAAGAGAAUUAUCCUUGUGCAAGUGGGGAGGGGAAUUUAGAUUCGAAUUCGAGGAGAAAAGAAGGGAGAAAUUCAAAAACAAAGUACCGCGGCACGGGGAGGAAAUGGGAGGAUAAUCAGAGGAGGUGGAGGUGUGAGUGGGAUAGAGAGAGAGUAGAGCUUGAUCGGAGGUUAAAGGAACAGCUCAGUAAGUUUUUGGGUUCCGAUGGAUCGUCCACUGGAGCUCCAAGUGCGAAUCACUCGGAUGUUUUGAAAGCUCUGUCUGAAGCCUUGAGAAAAACAGAGGAGGCCUAUUUGGAAGUUGCUGAUAAGAUGCUUUUGGAAAAUCCUGAAUUGGCUCUGAUGGGUUCUUGUGUUCUCGUAAUGCUGAUGAAGGGCGAGGAUGUUUAUGUGAUGAAUGUGGGCGAUAGUCGGGUGGUUUUGGCGCACAAGGCAGAACCCGAUUAUUGGUUAGGGAAGAUUAGGCAGGAUUUGGAGAGGAUUAAUGAGGAAACUUUGAAUGAUAUGGAAGGAUGUGAUGGCGAGAGAGGCAAUGGGAUUCCCAAUUUGACUGCAUUUCAGCUGACCACGGAUCAUAGCACAAGUGAAGAAGAGGAAGUUCAGAGAAUCCGAAAUGAACACCCCGAGGAUGCUUGCGCUGUGAUGAAUGACCGUGUCAAAGGCUCCUUGAAGGUCACUCGGGCAUUCGGUGCAGGUUUUCUCAAACAGCCUAAAUGGAACAAUGCACUUUUAGAGGCGUUCCAAAUUGACUACAUAGGGAAUUCCCCGUACAUCACUUGUUCUCCGUCUCUCCACCACCACAGAUUAGGUCCCAAAGACAGGUUUUUGAUAUUAUCCUCUGAUGGAUUGUAUCAAUACUUUAACAACGAAGAAGCUGUUUCCGAAGUUGAACUUUUCAUCACAUUGCAACCUGAAGGAGAUCCGGCGCAGCAUCUGGUUGAGGAAGUGCUGUUUCGUGCUGCAAAAAAGGCCGGAAUGGACUUCCAUGACCUUCUCCAAAUACCCCAAGGGGAUCGAAGGCGGUACCAUGAUGAUGUUUCUGUCAUUGUUAUCUCCCUAGAAGGAAGAAUAUGGAGAUCAUGUGUAUAAGUAGAGAAAAUAAAAGAUAAACAGAUAAAAAUACAGAGAAAAUCCCGGAAAAGUCAGGCAUUUCCUUCCUUGUUCGACAUUUUUUUCUUCGUUUUUUCCCUAAUCACCUCUGUAAAAUACCAAUUAAGCUUCAGGAAGUUCCUGAGGAGGAACUUGGUUGUGCACUUUUCUGGGUGAUGAGGACUGUAAAGAUAUAAAAUCUGGUUCUCUAGCUGAUUACAUAAACUUGUCACAGAAAAUCAAAAUUGUAAUUUUUCGAAUAAUCUACGUACCUUGCGAAAAGGGUUUUGUUUGGCACUA